GUAAGAUUUACACGAUUAGUCGUCUGCAGACUUCCUCCUUGGUCGACUUAAGUUGUUUUCCAAUCUUUUUGUUCUUUUUUAUUUGUGUCUACUACUGCACUUGACUUGAUUGAUACUCAGUGAAGCAUCCUUUCAGUAUGUACGGUGCAAAGGAGUUUUAUGCAGUGCUGCUGCUGACAACUAUUCUGGGAUUUCAAUUUUGUGAUUCAAUUAUUGUGAAUAGAGCUACGCUGAACUCGGAAGAAUGGACAAGCUAUGUUAGCACCUAUGGCAAAACCUACGUUAAUGGUCCAGUUCCAGAAGCGUAUGCAUUGUAUUAUUACAACUACAAUAAGAAAUUAAUCACAGCUCAUAAUGUAAAAGCCGAUCGAUACCCCGAUAAAAUUACCUAUCGCUUGGGCAUCAAUCAAUUCACCGACAUGCGUCUCAUACAUUUCAACGCCUUAUUCCCCAAAACCACCCCACCAACAACAGCGCCGUCAGCGACAACGGCGCCACAGGUACAAGAUGCAUCGCCAUCAUUUGAUUUUAUAACGGAUCUUUUGUUGACAAUAACAGCCGAAAAUCAAGGUACAGUUUGUAACAGCGGUUGGGCUUACGCUACGGCCAAGGCUGUUGAAAUACGCGAAGCAAUUGAAACUGGCAUCACAACAAGACUUUCUGCCCAGAAUCUAAUUGACUGCGCUGGCUCGGGUACUGGUUGCACCAGGCAAGUUGCACAAACCGCUUUCGAAUAUCUUGUUGGAAAUCAACGGCCUUUGUAUAGCGAGACGGAUUACCCAAAUACACCACUACUGAGUACACAAGGUAUGUGUUUAACCCCCACCGCAGCCACAGCAACAUCAGUGACACUGGCAUCAUAUUCGCGUAUUGAUAACCCCACUGAUGAUACGAUUAUGAAAUAUGUUUCUGCUGAAUUUCCGGUUGUCAUCCUAUAUGAUCCGACUUCUUUCGAUUUUAUGCAUUACAAGUCGGGUAUUUUCCAACAACCACACACCUACGGUGGUUCACACUAUAUGGUAGUGGUGGGUUAUGGUACGGAUGCUACUCUAAACCUGGACUAUUGGUUGGUGUUGAACUCAUUCGGUACAACUUGGGGUGAAAAUGGUUUCAUACGCAUAAAACGCGAGACAACCAAACCACUGACCACGCUUGCACUAUUCCCUACUGCAUUUUCACCAUAAGUAAUAAGAGACGAAAGUUGAGUGGUAUUUUAUGUAAUGAAGACAAUAAUUUUUCACAUAUUUUUUUUAUUGAAUAAACAAAUAGAUUUAUUUUUUAAAUUUAUUA